UGUGCAGCUAAAGUCUCUUAGAGAAAGUAGGCAACUAACAGAGGUGGAUUGUCAAGCAGAUUGUCACCGGUGGAGUGGUUAGAGUGAAAUUUAGUGCAAAGUUCGAACAAGUUUCGUCAGUUGCGGAUUGAAAAAUAGAACACUAGAAAGGGAGAAUGAGAACAGUAACGCAAUAGAAUCGCUUGAACCGAUCACUACCAGCCAGCAACCGUGUAUGUGUUGGCGUAACGACUAUCAGCGGUAUCUGCCCGACGGCGUCUCACUCACCUUCCGCGCCACCCUAGAAUCUGGCCAUCCACUCACACAACGGUAGAGCAGUUACAGAUCAAAUUACCCGCAAUAGACACUUGCACGACGUAAUCGUGCCGCGAUCUGUGCAUGUGUUGUGCAUGUAAAAGAAGAGGAAAAAUACCCCGUUUGCAAUCACGUUUUUGCAUCGCGGUACGUCAUUCUCUGGACAAUCAUCGUCACUCGGAACCGGCUCCCAGCCAUUUCAAGUGGUCGUUGGUACGAUCUGUAUGUGAUGAAGUGGCGCGUAUGUGAAACCUUAUCGUGCCCAUCGAAGCCAGUGAUCGUUGGUCUGUUCUAAGCCGUGAUCGUGUAGAGGCGAACGGAACGAAAACCAAUAGAAAGACAGGGUUAGGGUGUUAAGAGAUCCCAUCGGUCAAUUUAGUGUCGGUCAAGAACUAAUUCUUCCGGGAAGUGCACGGCGAACGAGCAGUCCUGCGGUAAAAGCAAUUUGAAAUCGACCACCACAACGCCAACGAUCUGUGACGUGUGUCACUUCGCAUGCAACGGAACCAGAAGAAGCGACCGGACCCAAUGGAUACAGCACCUCGCUACCAGCAAUCAGAUCCUUGUUCCCACGGUGUCAUCGUCCAUUCAAAAUAUUAUCCUUCCAAAGAAGCCUAGAGCGAAAACGAGCCAACCUCCCAGUCCCGAAAGCACCCGAAUAGGUCACCGGCCGCCGGUCAGUGUUUUCUUUCCAUUGCCGUGCGUCGGCUUGCUGGCUCUUUGAAGCGGAACGUGUCCCUCCCUGCCGUCCCUGCGGUCCAACAAGCCCCCGGCUUCACUGUCGUGACACGAAACAGAGGAACCACUUCCCGUUAGAGCAUCAGGCCUCGCCAUGGAAUGGCUGCUAGCGAACCCGCAGAUCAACAGCACGUUCGGCUCGCUCGGCACGCACGUCGACGAUGCGUUCCACGUGCGGGAGGACUGUCUGGUCACGCUGGAGGAAAUCAUCUGUAAGCUGGCGGUGGAGGAUGCGACCCUGCGCACGUUUCGCCGGGCGAUCGGCUUCGGGCAGAACGUGAAGAACGACAUCGUGCCGCUGCUGGUGAACGCGAAGGAUGCGAAAGUGAUCGACACCACCAUCCGGCUGCUGGUGAAUCUGACCGUGCCGGUGGAGUGUCUGCUUCCGGUGGACCUCGUGUCCAAGUCGGAGAUCGGCCGGCACACGAUCUUCGAGCUGAACAAGCUGCUGAUCACGAGCAAGGAAGCGUUCGUCGACUGGAAGACCACCAAGGCGGUGAUCGACCACAUGAAGGGAGUGCUCGAGCGGGACAGCAAGCUGUCGAUCCAGCAGUGCGACAGCAUGAACAACUGUUUGCUGUUGCUGCGCAACAUCCUGCACGUGCCGGAGCUGGGCCUGCACACGGCCGGCCACAGCACCUCGUUCCAGAACCAGAUCAUCUGGAACCUGUUCACGCAGAGCAUCGACAAGCUGCUGAUCUACCUGAUGUCCUGCCCGCAGCGGGCGUACUGGGGCGUUACGAUGGCCCAGCUCGUGGCGCUCAUGUACAAGGACCAGCACAUCAGCACACUGCAGAAGCUGCUGAACUUGUGGUUCGAGUCGACGCUCUCGGAGAGCUCGGAGGACAACGAGAGCAACACGUCGCCCCCGAAACAGUGCAGCGGGGACUCGAGCCCCAUGCUCACGUCCGACCCGACCUCCGAUUCCUCCGACAAUGGCAGUGGCAACACGCCCUCGUCCAUGAGCAAGGAUUCGUCCGAGCCGGCACAGACCCUUUUCUCGCGCGCGAUCAAGUCCCACCAGAUGUACCACCACAGCCAGUCGAUGAAGGCCAACGCCGUCGGACCGUCGUCGGACUGUAGCCCCAGUAGCACCCACAGCAGCAGCAGCGGCGGCAGCAGCCAUCAGCAGUACUGCGAGAAUCCGCCGCAACCUCGGAACAGUGCUACGGACGCACAGGAAACCAAAAAGUCCAAAUGUGCGGCCAAGGGUCCAUUGGAAUCGUUGGUCCCCUCUACCUCCGGGUCCUCCGGCUUUUCCAGCGCACCGCAGCACCACCACCACCACCACCACCACCAACCGGCGACCGGCAGUGAGCCGGCAUCAUCGCCGGCCGGGGCCACCGAAAGUGGUUUCUCGUCGCAGGGCCAGCAGUCAUCGCCCGCUUCCGGUGGUUCGCCAACGGCGGCUCAGCAGACGAAGCAGAGCCAGGUUUCGCUGUCGGAAAACUCCGACUGUGGCUACGGGACGCAGGUGGAGAAGGAGUCCAUCUCGACGUCGAGCAACGAAGACGACAGCCCGCAGCAGAAGCCGGUCCAUCAGAAGCCACCGACAAACCAGAAGCAGCGUUUCAAUGCCGCAAAUAAGCACCGCAAUCCCACGUCGACACAGGAGAAGAAGGAACUGCGGCGCAAGAAGCUGGUGAAGCGGGGCAAGAGCAACAUCAUCAACAUGAAGGGCCUGAUGCACCACGUCCCGACGGACGAUGACAUAUCGCAUAUCCUGAAGGAGUUCACGGUGGACUUUCUGCUCAAAGGCUACGGUUAUCUGGUGCAGGAACUGCAUACCCAGUUGCUGUCGGAUUUGCAAGUGCAGAUCGAUACGUCGCACUUUUUCUGGCUGGUGACGUACUUCCUGAAGUUCGCCACGCAGCUAGAGCUGGACCUGGAGCACAUCAGUUCGGUGCUGAACAUCGACAUCAUCAGCUACCUAACGUACGAGGGUGUGAUGCUGUGCGAGCAGCUGGAGCAGCUGAGCCGUGUCACCGAAACCGACAUUAAGCCCUGCCUGAGAAGAAUUCAUUUGGUUGUAACGGCGAUCCGCGAGUUUCUGCAUGCGCUCGAUACCUACAAGAAGAGUACACAUCUAUCGGCGGAAGACAAGGAGAAGCUCAAGCUACUCCAGCAGCAAAUCAGCUGCACGGAGGACCUGCGCUGUCUGUUCGUGUUGCUGCUCCGAUGCUACAACCCCAACAUCCAAAGCCGCCAGUACCUGCAGGAUCUGAUCGUGACGAACCACACGCUGUUGCUGUUGCUCGACGGGGUCCGCGAGCUGAACGCCGAUGCCAUGCCGGGCGACAUGUUGGUCCACAUUAAACAAUUUGCCACCGUGGAGAUCAUGCACCAGUACGGGCUGCUGUUGGAGGACUUCCGCGAGAAUGGGGCGUACGUGAACGAUUGCAUCUUCACCAUGAUGCACCACGUCGGAGGCGACCUGGGACAGAUCAAUGUGCUGUUCCAGCCCAGCAUCCUCAAGACGUACUCACAAAUCUGGGAAACGGAGUACGAGCUGUGUGAUGAUUGGUCCGAUUUGAUCGAGUAUGUGAUCCACAAGUUCAUCAACACACCGCAACCGGCACCGCUGACGCUCUCGACGACGCUGCCCGAGAUCAGCACCCAGCUGCGGACGGGCAACCUGCUCGGGUGGACCCAGGAAGAGAAGGACUCGCUACACUGGUACUACGUGCAGUGCCGCCAGAGUAAGUGUCUGGUGGGCGACAUUCUGAAGCUGUUCCAGGAGAACGGCAACCAGCAGAAGACGCGCCUCUCCAUCAUCGAGCAGCUGCUCGAGCAGGACAUUAUCGCGCUCGCCCAGUACGACGAUCUGAUGAAGCUGGAGAACCCGGAGUACGAGCGCAACGUGCAGACGCCGGCCCUCUCGGUGGCAUCGGUCGAUUCGGCGGGCCGCCGGGACGAUGGUGACUCCAAGUCAUCGCCCAAAGCCGUGGACGACAUUCAGGUGUUGCGCGACCGGCUGCAGAAGGAGAACCGGGGCAAACUGAUCGCCUGGCUGCAGAAGAGCCUGCUGGACUGUUGCUUCGUCAAGCUGAACCUCCUGAGCGGCCACGAUCACGUGUGCGCCCCGAACACCGGCCCGUCACCGUCCGUCAUGGAACCGGUGUCCUUCCACUGCAUCCUGAAGAAGAAGUCGAUCCCGGUGGUGCCCUGGAACCAGGACCAGUUCGCGGUCCUCUCGUACCAACCGUUCAUCCUGCUGCUCCACAAGCUCGGCUUCCAUCUGCCGGCCGACGCGAAGAAGAUGUUUGUCCGCAUCCCGGAAUUCUGGACCGCCGACAUCCUCUACAAUAUCGCCCGCAAGCUGGGACCGCUGGACAAAUCGAUUCUUAAGUUCGAUCUCAAGUACCUCAACAAGGUGCUCUCGAUGGAAAAGCAAGCCAAGGCCGACUCUUGCCCGCCGACCGAUUCUCGGUUAGAGAACUUUGGAUUAUCAAGGUUCACUCCGCAGAUCACCACCAACUGGCUCGAUGUAGUGAUGCGCAGUAAGGCCGCCCAAAGCGGAAAGCGUAAGUUCGAUCUCGCCGGACCAUCGAAGGUGAUCGAAACGGCGAACGCUGCCCAUCCGGGGGCCAAAGCGGGCGGUAAGUUGCCCCCCGCCCAGACGAAGCUACUGCACGACCUCUCGAUCAUCGUCGAGUCGAACGAUGACGAUGACGACGAGCUGCCGGAGGAUGACGAUGGGCUGGACAGCACCGAGGUGCCGGUGCUGGAGGAACACGACGUCGUCAGUGCCUGCGAAACGGCUUCCGUUGCGUCGGACCUGACGCGUAUGUACGUGAGCGAUGAGGACGACAAGCACGACAUCGUUCCGCCGAUUCUGUAAGGAGCCACCGACAUAAGACACAAAGCAAUUCGCGACCAACGCAAAACCCCGAACCACACGGCACACUGUGCGGAGACGAACUGAUCGAGGAUUGGAUCGAGUUGUGGAACCAAAAUUUGCAAUUUAGUGCCCAAUGAACCAUCUCCAGUUCCAGUUCCAUCUCAACGUGUUAGGUGCAACGCACACAUAUCCUUCGGUGUCAUCGUAUAUCACGCUCCAUCUCCAGCAUCACCAGAAGCAGCUUCGUACAAAAUCCAUCCACACUGAUUGCCCCAGAAAUAGAAAUCGAACAAUGCAAUCGUUAGCCAAACUCUGCUCCUUGGCGCACAUCGGAAGGAUACUCCACAGAUAGAGAGUGAGAUGGAUAGAGAGAAAUAGAGAGAGAGAGGGAAGAACCAAAAUCAGCAAAUAAAUUCUCCCAAGCAAUGCUGGUACAAAGCAUUUCAGUAUCUUUGGUCAAACCAAAGCCCUAAUGGUAGUGGUAGCGGUAGUAGCAGUAGCAGUAGUAGUAGUAGCAGCAGUGUCGGCUAGAAUGGCAACGUUUGCGCUGCAAAAGAUGUAUUUUUAAUAUUUCGCUGUUUAUUGCUCUCCAUUGGCUGUUGAAAAGGAAACCCAUCCAUCCGCCGUUCCAAGCGAGGGAGCGAACCUGAACGGGACCGAGUGGGAAUGGAGGAAAAUUAGAGGAAAAAAGGAUUAUAUUUACAAGCGAGCGAGAGGUUCGGUCCAGUACCAGUUUUACACACUCCAAAAGCUGCUGUUACCAGUUCCGGUGCCUUUUUGUUAGUGCACCGUGUUUUUGCAUACUUUCUAGUGUUGAUGUUUUCGUUAUCGUUUCCCUAUCGGCUAGUGUCCCGGAACACUGGGCCAUCCACUUGGGGGGCCUGUCAGCAGGGUCUUUUUAAAUCCCAAUUUGCAAGCAGCCCUCGAAGCAUAGUAAAGUACUGGCCACAGCUUCGUCGUGAUGUGAUUCGAAUUGGCUUACCGAACAUCGAACAAAACUUAGAGCUUUAUUUUAUUCGUACGCAUGCCGCUCCGUUUGGGAGGGCCUACGUGGUGAUAAGGAUGUUGUGUGUUAGAGAUUAAAAGUGGAUUUAAAAUAAAUGUAGUUACUUUGGUG